AUGGGUACACCAUGCUGGUCAUUAUGCCUAUGGCUCUGGUUGAUGUACGCUGGAGUGGAUGGUUUGCCCAACGUUCGUCUACGUUCAAGACAGGAACCGGAAGUCCAAGAAGCGCCCAGUAUCACAAUAUUGUAUCUGAUAGACCACACCGUCAAGGGGACUGAAAAGGAAGUAAAGACGUUCAUAAGCUAUGUCAAUCUUCAGGCUCAACAGCAUCUUCAAAGUUUUUUUCACAUCCAGACCACCCUUAACAACAGGACAAAAUACCUUAAAGAUGAUCCCAAUCUGCAAAAGCUGUUGGAAGGUAAUUACCGAACACCCUAUGUAUACCUCGAAGGAACAAUAUUUAACCUAACGUCUUAUUUCGAAAAGAAGACCCAUCCGGACAUCAUUUGCCUUGUGACGGGCAAUGAUCUCUACGAUGGAAAUGGUGUAAGAAAGGGUUAUGGAUACUCCGAGCAGACUACGCUGUGCGAGAGCGUCGUAACUAUGCUGUUAGCAUACAGUCCAUACCGCCAUACGGACAUCAGCCGGAUGUUGGCCGAAUUGAUCAGGAGCAGUGUGAACCCGAAAGAAGUGCCCGGUGUGCACCACGAACGAAGCAAUUUGGCACAACAGAUGAAGGAAUACUUAAGGUACGUACAUAAAGCUGUAUUCACGCUAUAUUUAAUCAAAUAA